UUGGAGGGAAACAAGGGUUUGUCGACGCUGCCCUUGUGUUUUUGUUGUAACAAGUCUAAAACAUGGUGCAAACGUGUUGUGUUGAUAGCUGCUAUAGUCGUUUACGCGAUCGCCUCGGGAAUAAAAAUGAUGGGGUGCGAUUUUUCUCAUUUCCAACGUGGAAGCAAAGCCAAGGAGCUGUGAUCUGUGAGCUAACAAAGAGACGCCGAAUGGCCUGGAUAGCAGCCGUGAGACGACCAAACAUCACUUUCAACGCCAUCACCCGACACAUGUUGGUGUGUUCACGGCAUUUUCACACUGGGAGACCUGCUAAUGAAAUGGAUGAAAGCCAUCCAGACUGGGCACCCUCAUUACAUCUCGGACACACGGAGGUGAAAGCUGCAGAUAACGAGAGACUACAGAUAACAUUGCACGAGGAGGAACUUUCUCCAACAAGAGAGGAGAACGAGCGACUACGACAACAACUGGAAGAUGUUUGCAAGACUCAAGUUGUGCUGCACGUUGAAGACACCCAGCAGCUGAUUGCUCGUCAAGAAGAAUAUCUCCCUCUGCAGUUGGGUGGGAGUUCCACUUUGGAGCAGGAGGACGCACAGCCCCCCUAUGUUAAAGAGGAAGAAGAGGAGACAAAUCCUACCCACAUUAAAAAGGAACAGGGGGAGCCACAGCCCCCAUAUGUUAAAGAGGAAGAAGAGGAGCCAGAUCCCACCCACAUUAAAGAGGAAGAGGAGAAGCCACAGCCCCCCUUUGUUAAAGAGGAAGAGGAUGAACUCUCGAUCGCUCAAGUGGGAGAGCAUCUUCUGAGGCCAGAAGAGGCUGAUGUCACCAGGUCGCCACUGACUGGUGUCUCUUUGAAGACUGAAGACGAUGAAGACAAACCACCUGAGUCCUCACAGCUUCAUCGUAGUCCAACAUCACAAGCAGACAACCUCUUAGCUCCACUGUCAGAUCGUGUCAAAACAACGUCUCACUCUCCGGAAGAUGAAGACAGCGACUACAACCAAGAAUCUUUGAGCAGCGAUACAGACUGUGAAGGUGAUAUGAUGACUCACACUGACAGCAAACACUCUGAAUGCUCUAAAAAGAAGACAGGUAAAAAUUGUUCUAACUGCUCAGUUUGUGACAAAAGAUUUUCUUGUAAGGGUAAUUUGACUCGACACAUGAGAACACACACAGGAGAAAAACCUUUUACUUGCUUAGACUGUGGUAAAAGCUUCAUUCAGAAGAUACACAUGCAAGUACACAUGAGAACACAUACAGGAGAAAGACCUGUUAGUCGCUCAGCUAUGCAAUUACACAUCGGAACGCACGCAGGAGAAAAACCUUUCAGUUGCUUAGAGUGUGGCGACCGCUUCACUCUAAAGAGAUCCGUGCAAAGGCACAUGAGAACGCAUACAGGAGAAAGACCUUUCAGUUGCUCAGACUGUGGUAAACGCUUUACCCAAAAGAGACACAUGCAAUUACACAUGAGAACACACACAGGAGAAAAACCUUUCAGUUGCUCAGACUGUGGUAAAAGCUUCACUCAAAAGAUACACAUGCAAUUACACAAGAGAACGCACAUACGAGAAAGACCUUUUACUUGCUCAGUUUGUGGUAAAAGCUUCACAUCAAAGAAAGUCAUGCGAUUUCAUAUGACAACACACAUUGGAGAAAAACCUUUUUGUUGCUCAGACUGCGGCAAAAGCUUCAUGCGAAAGUCAAACAUGGAAUUUCAUAUGAGAUCACACACAGGAGAAAAGCCUUUUAGUUGCGCAGACUGUGGUAAAAGCUUUAGUCAAAAGCGAGGCAUGCAAUUACACAUGAAAAGACACAGAGGAGAAAAACCUUUUAGUUGCUCCAACUGUGGGAAAAGUUUCACCCGAAAGUCGGACAUGCAAAGACACAUGAAAACACACACAGGUAAAAAACCUUUUGCUUGCUCAGCCUGUUUUAAAUGUUACACUACCAAAGUAAAAUUGGAAUCACACGUGAGAACACACACGGGGGAAAAGCCUUUUCCUUGCCAAAACUGUGGUGAAGGCUUCACUCUCAAAUCAGACCUUGUAAAACACAUGAAAACACACACAGGAGAAAAACCAUUUAGUUGCUCAAAUUGUGGUAGAAGGUUCAGUCGAAAGGGAAACAUGCAGCAACACAUGAGAACACACUCAGGGGAAAAAAAUUUAGUUGCUCAAAUUGUGGCGACACAUUUCCUUGGAAGUCCUCAUUGAACAGACUCAUGCAGAGUCACUGAUGGGCUACUGUAGUUAAAGAUAUUUUAAUGGACUGUAUGCCCUAAUUGCUCAAUGAUGUAACUGAUGAGGCCAUUUCCUGUUUGAUUACUUCCCAAAUCAUUAUGGAAAGUAGUGACUCCUUUUACUGACUUGAGUUCUUAUAAGUCACUCAUUGAACUGAAUCGGGUACUCGUCACUUGAAUCACAGAGCACAUGAUUUGAUUUGAACUAUUGUGUGUUGUUAAGGGAAUCAUCAUAUUAUUUUGUUAGUGUUACAUUGUCUUAUAUUGUUGUAUUACUUGUUGAUACAGCGUUCACAAAUAACUUUGUUGAUCCAAGAAAAUUUUGCUUGCCAAAAAUUUUUGCUAAGCGUUUUACUGUUUUCAUAAUCAUGGUCAACUAAUUAAAAACACAAUUACAAAUAUUCAAUUUUAUUUAAAAAAAAUAUGUUUUGGAAUAUCGGCAAUACUGCCCCAGUACUGACUUGGAAUCGAAUCAAUACCAAAAGUUCAGAAUGUCACAGCCGUAUCUAUCUAUCUAUCCAUCUGCCUGUCAGCUCCAAAUUAAAAACUAUGCCACCCUGAUAUAUUUUGUCUGAUGCUGUAUUUUAUUGUGGACAUUAAAUGCAACACGUGUUUGUCAAGAUGUGUUUAUUGUUUUCCAGUGUAUCUGUUAGAGCAGGGGUGUCUAAACUUUUUCCACAGAAAGCUGCACACAGAAAAAUCAAAGGAUGCAAGGGGCCACUUUGAUAGUUUUUGUUAGGGCUGUCAAAGUUAAUGCGUUCAUAACAUGUUAAUGGAAGGUUCGUUUUUUUUUUUUGCCGCACGAUUGACGUGCGCACGUCCUGUGUGAGCUUUGGCUCACACCGUAGUUUGUGGGAAGGCAGCGAUGGAUGUGAAGCCACAAGCGGGAACAAAUAUUGAGGAGAAACGGAGAAAGAAAAUGGUAUUUUGAAUGGUAAGUUUAGCUUCAAAGCCUUCCAGAUGGCUCUCGCAACAAGACCAAAGUUAUUUAUGUCUACUGUCGCUUUGAGUUGAGUUGUCACGGAAUACGCCGACUGCCAGAGAGAAGUGAGAAGGUACUGCAGCACUGCUUGUAUUUUUUUAUUGUCAUUUAUACAGUGGUAACUCGGUAUGUGUCCCAAAUAACUAGUGUUUUUUAGAUGCAAGACGUCACUCGGCUGAUUUGAGUUACGAGCUGCUAGUUAACGGCAGGCAUAGCCAAGGACAGCUGUUUGGGGGCUUGUGUCAGUGUGACCAUGGCUGAAGACGAGAAUAGAUGUAAAUAGUAUUUGCAGCGCUAGCAUUAGCAGCGCACAGGCUAGUCACCGAGAAAGAUUUUCAACACAUAAGCAAAACAUACGUACAUUAUAGCAAUCUAAUUUAUGUUAUCUAUUAUGUGUUGUGUAAAACUAUGACGGGAACAACAUCAAAUUAAAAGCAAGAAAUGAAUGCAGACUCCAUCCACCAGUACAAGCCUGGGCUUGUUUUUAGAGAGGUUGUGCACCAACAAAUGUGCACAUUAGCACUCAAUAAGGUCAUCAAAUCUUACCUUUAUGCAUUCCCACAUAGUAUCAGCAUUUGGGACCAAAUAUGAGGCAAAUGAAAAAGGGGGAAAAUAGCGUGUAGUCUCUGUGCCAGGUGGGAGAAAAUUAGAAGGUGCGUUCAAGGACCGUCAAAGUAACAUGUCCCUGCUUGCAUUAAACAUGCAUGAUCUGUGGUGUUUGAAACUGUAUUUUAUUUUUUGAAUAAUAUAAUGGCCCAUGUUUCCAAACUUGAUAUCCAUUUACAUAAAAUUUUAUGUAGUUAUUUACAAGUUAUUUGUAAAUGUUUUUUGUUUUUUUUUAUCAUUGCGCCUGAACGUUUGCCAUGGCCAGGUGUAGUUGGAGACCCCUGCCUUAUGUACAGCAUGCUUGGGGAUAUGAUGUGCUUUUGUUUACACGUUUGAAAAUAAUGUAAGAAUGCCACUUUUAUACAAUCUGCUUCUUUAUUUUCUAAUGUAAUAUUAAUAUCUAAAUCAACAAAUGUAACCGUUGAAUGUAUCGUUUGUACACUGUAUCGCAUCGUAUCAAAUCGCUCCAUUUUUAAAAUGUAUCAUUUUUUAAUCUUAUCUUCACCCGUGCAUCUAGAUGCUUAUCCAAUCAUUUACCACAGAGAUGUUAUUAUUUUAUUAUAGAUAAAAAAAACUUCUAUGUG